AUGCUUCUCCCCCGCGAUGGCAUGGCCACGAACGUUUCUGGUCCGCUCGAGUUGGGCGGGCCGAAUCGAGUCAAACAAAUUAUCGCAGGCAUGCUAAUCCCGACGGGCGUCGCCAUUAUUAUAUUCCUGUGUCGAGUCUACUCACGCGCAUUGGUCCUGAAGAAAUGGUGGAUCGACGACACGUUGACUCUGAUAUCCAUGCUCCUGACGAUUGCGCUUGUUGGUCUAGGCAUCGGCGCAACCAAGUAUGGCAACGGAUACCACGACGACGACAUUCCCAAGGAUGAUCUCUCCCGGCUAAUGGCGAUCUUCUGGAGCAUCAACCUCAUCCACCCCUUCACAAUGGCCACCUGCAAAGCUGGCGUAUGCUUCUUCUAUCUCCGCGUCUUCAUAGACAAGUGGAUGCGACUCCUCACCUUUGCAACCCUCGCCGUCAUCGUCUCCUGGUCUAUUCCCUGCUUCUUCAUCAUACUCUUCCAAUGUCGCCCCGUCCAAGGCGCCUGGGCACCUGACCAGACAAAUCUCAACUGCAACUCCAUCACGUCCACCCUCUACCUCACCGGAAUCGCCAACAUAUUCAUCGACGUGCUCCUCAUCAUAACCGUCGGCCCGCAAAUCCUCAAGCUCAACCUGCCGCCCCGCCAAAAGACGAGCCUUUUGAUCGUCCUAACGCUCGGUUGGAUGGCAAUGUUUGCCGCAGUCAUCCGCCUCUUCCGCAUCAACGAUGCGAUAGGCCGUCCUGAUCCAUACUGGACAUCUUACGAUACGGGAAUCUGGAACGCUCUCGAGCUCGCCAUAGCCAACAUCUGCGUCUCCAUCCCAGCCUGCAAACCCAUCCUCGACCUACUCUUCCCGACCCUCAUGUCCAGCCUCGUCCGCAACAGACCCGUCGACCCCAACUACCGCGGCAACGUCAGCCUUCAGACCACUGCUGCGCUGGCGCGGGCCAAGGCGGACUUGGAACAGUCGCUCGACGGCCGGGCGCGCCCGAUCUCGGAGUUUGGGAGCAUGCAGUCCCACAACAUGCUGUUGACUCCAGAUAUCGAGAUGCAGGCGCAGCGGCGGGGGUCGAAUGCCACGGACGGGUGGAAUAUCGAGGGGUCUGAUAAAAGAGACAGUCCAUGCGGUAGCACGGAGGAGAUCAUGCCGCACGGCCGGCCGAAGCGGGACGCCGUGUAGAUUUUGGAUGGGCUACCUUGCUUGGGGGAGUUCAAACUGGGUAAUUUUUUAACGGGGAAUGGGAAUAGGGCAUAUUACUUUUUGGUGGGGCCCAUUGGGGGGGCCAUGAUUUUACGGAUUGCGCGGAUACCAAAGGCGGGCGUUACUUCUUUUUGGGGGGACUGGGUUGGGUAGGAAGGCGCGCGGCGACGAUUAAAGGCAGGCGCGUCCGAGACGUGUAUAGUAACGAACUCAAUGCCGGGUUUGCAUGUUGGAUUGAUGAAGGACUGAAGACCUUUCACGAUGUUUUCAUAUAUAUACUACAUAUACGCAUGUGUAUAUACAACAUGGUGC